GUUUAUGGACAGUAGUGUGUUACGGAUUUACAUUCUGUACGAUAUUCAUACAGCGUACUGUAUUGCAUCCACGUUUGAUAGAGCCGCGAACGCGUCAAAAAGCAAGGGAUCAUUAUUUUACAAAGAGUACUUGAAGGCAUCUCGAGGGGCGGGAACUCCUUGGCGAGAGUCCACCAUUGCUUCCACUCCAACGCGGCCUGAGGAGCGGUGGUUUACUGGUGUCUCUUUAAAAAAAGAAAAAACGAAGCAAGGUGAACGAACCACUCGCCGGUUUGCUCACCGCGGUUUCUUCUCCGUUCUUUGGGCAGAAGUCGGCGGCGUCAUGUCGCCCGGCUGGUGGAGGAGCAAUGCGGUGACCCACGGCCUCAUGGCGCUGUUCGCUAUGGGGUCGUGGAUUUCAGUCAAUAGUUUGUGGGUCGAGCUCCCAAUCAUCGUCGGCGUGCUGCCCGAAGGUUGGAAUUUGCCGGCAUACCUCUCAGUCCUGAUCGCGUUCGGCAACAUUGGUCCAGUGGCGGUGACCGUCACGCAUCACUGCGCACCAGGCCGCCUCAACGAGCGCCUGCUCAUCCACGGCAUCCAGGCAUUGGCGGUGGUGGCGUCGGCGCUGCUGGCCAUCUUCUGGGCGCACACAGCGAUUGUGGCGGGGCAGAUGCACUCGCUGUCCUUCCUGCUCCUCACCUUUGUGCUGUCGCUUGUGUGCUGCACGUCCAACGUCACCUUCCUGCCCUUCAUGUUCCGCUACCCGCCGGAAUACAUCCGCACCUUUUUCAUCGGACAGGGUCUGAGCGCGUUGUUCCCGUGCGUGGUGGCGCUGGGGCAGGGCGUGGGCCAGCUGGAAUGCCCCGUCGUCAAUGGCACUGUUCAGCCGCACUACCUCAAGGAGAAUUUCCCGGCGCAGAACUUCUUCUGGUUCUUGUUUGUCAUGCUGUCGGUUUCCGCGGUGAGCUUCCUGGCUUUGACGCGCCGGCUGACACCGUCGAAAGAAGCCGCACCGCCCCCCUCUGACAAUGCGCAGGGGUCAUACACAAAUAUUGAAAGUUUAGGCACCCUGGACGCAGCGGUUAAAAGCGAUGACGAGAUGCGCCCACUCAACAACGGCAGCUCGGCGGCGUCUCAGGAGGAGGCGCGUCCGGAGGAGGCGCCGUCGCCACCCGCGCCGACGUUUUGGACGCUGCACAACGUCUACCUCCUGGCGCUCCUCGCGGUCUCCAACGCGCUCACCAACGGCGUCCUGCCGUCCGUCCAGAGCUUCACCUGUUUGCCUUACGGCACCAUGACCUUCCACCUCUCGGUGGUCCUCGGCAACAUCGCCAACCCGCUGGCCUGCUUCCUCGCCAUGUUUGUGAUCCUGAGGUCCUCUACGCGUCUGGGCGUCUUGUCCUUGGCAGGAGGGGCCUUUGCGGCAUACCUGAUGGUUCUGGCUUCCCGCAGUCCGUGUCCUCCUCUGCAGGGGACCACCACUGGUGUAGUUUUAGUGGUGGCUUCCUGGAUCAUGUUCACGGGGCUCUUCUCCUACCUGAAGGUGGUGAUUGGCACGCUCCUGCACGAGGCGGGCCACGCCGGCCUGCUCUGGUGCGGCAUCUCCAUUCAAGCCGGCUCACUGCUGGGCGCGCUCGCCAUGUUCCCGCUGGUCAACGUCUACAACGUCUUCAAGCGGGGGCAGGACUGCGUCGACGGGUGCAGCUGAAGCCAGAUAAGAACCUUUAACACACAGCUCCCAUAGAAGCAAUAGAAGCAUCACUUGCUUCUGAAGCAUGACGCAGUCCAAACUGGUCGAUGACAGUGGGAGUGUUGUUUUGCCGCACGCUGGCCGAGGGGCUCUUUGUGCGCCGGGAAUUGAACCUGUUUUUUUUUUUACACUUGGACCAUGUGACACUAUUUCCCCAAGGACAGAACAACACAAACAUCUCCUCAGUGAGUCGCCCUUUCAGUCUGCACUAAUCGCUUCAAUAUUUCGCCAUCCUUCCUAAUGACUUCCUGCCAUCUUUGUUUACACAAAAGACCCGCUCCUUGUUGCGCUGCUUUAACGUCAAAGUAGGAAUUGUGGCUUUUUGUUUUUAAAUCACCGUUGAUUGGAAUGAAUUCGGAUGAUAGGGGGGGGGGCUUUUGAGCCGGCGUGGAAAAGUGAAUGCGAAUUUAUUCUGGACCACACCAAGAGAUCCGAUAACCAACUCGCAUUUUGCAGCGCGCAGCAGGCACCUGGUUCAAGCAAGCCAUUACAAACCGGACGCCCAAAAAAAAACAAAAAACAAAAAAACAAGCUUGAGGAAUUAAAACCCGCAGCCGCCAGUGUUGAGUACACGCUUCGAUCACAAGUUUUCAAAGAAGUGACUGUGAGGCUUUUGUCAUUUUCAGUGUUGAAUUUGAUUCCCAAAAAAAAUGCAAAAGACGCAAACCAGUUCGGAACUUGUUCGCCGAAGCCAACGUUGAGAGCGUGUCAGGAUCUUGGGUGCGAGUAGGACCUCUUGCAAAAAGGAUGCUUGAGUUGUCGCCGUUUUCAUCAAUUGAACUCUUGUUUGCCUUCGUAUGCGCCUGUCAUGUGGAGCAUCACAUGGCUGCCGUGUGUGUGUGUGUGUGUGUGUGUGUGUGUGUGUGUGUGUGUGUGUGUGUGUGUGUGUGCGUGCGUGCGUGCGUGCGUGCGUGUGUGUGUGUGUGUUUUGCUCUUUUGUUGUCGCACACCAAAGUCAGGGGAACAUACCAAAAGUCUACACACCUUUGUUGAAAUGGCAGGAUUUUGUGACAUAUUUUAAAAAAAAAAACACUUUUUUUUAACAUUCAUGUGCCUGACAUAUACAAGUUCCAACUCAAUAAAAAAACAAAAGUGUUCUAUCUAUUCACGACAUUGCCAACAUUGACCGUAACGUGCCUCUGACUCACCUCAAAUAACGUUGAGUUGUUUUAGUGGGCUUUUCCUGUCCUUUUGUUUGCGUUCUCGCAAAAGCUGGACUGUUUUCAUAGCGACGCUGAUUGCUUUACGGUCCGAAGAAAACAAGGUUCAAGUUUAUGGCCGUCCUUUUCAAAAAAAAAAGAAUGUUUGGCGCAUAAGCAACACUGCUCAUGCGUUUUAUGUUUAGCGGUCACAGAAAACCUGCCGCUAAAACACGAGUGUGUGGACUUUUUAUAAACGCUGGAAGUGGAGCCCUCUUAAUCUGCAUUUUGAAUGAAGUAUUCCCUGCAUUUACUAAACCUCAGAGACCAGGAGUCUCAUUGAGGUGAGGAGUUUUGGUUUUUGUUAUUUCAUUUUACUUGUUUAAUCAUACGCUGUCAUACUUUUCAUUCGGGAAAACAAUGUUGAUUAAUAAAAAUAGAUGACUAUUUAGUAUGAAUGACAACUCAUGUGAUAAAACAUGUUUUAUUUAAUG